AUGACGGCACCGACAUUGCCUGAGCAUAACCAGAGCCCGUUGGAGGCGGGCUUACAUGCUCAACGGCAGUUCAAGAAACACAAGGUUCUCCCUCACCCAAGGAAUGAACGAACCGUCGACGAAACUCGAUCAGUACCCACAGCGUACGACCUGCUCAUCGACACAUCUGCUCCCCUUGGUCUCCUUGAUUCACAGCCCUCCAGUCCACGGACAUUGAAGCACCAACCGAGGAGAAUAGGAACAGGUCCAGAUCUACCACCGACUCCCCCAAGCUACUCUCGUGCAUCUUCUGGAAGCCAUCCAGCUCAAUCAUCUAGUCCUUCACCUCCAGAUGUCAUUAUCCAGACCCCCCAGGCUUCGUCAAAACGACCACCAGCAACACCACCAGAUCAACGUAGCCCUCCAACCCCGGAUGUGACGCCACCGCAGCCUGCCAGCCGCCCACGCGCCUUACGUCCUGCUACUCUUGACCGCGGUAACUCUAGGUCAGCAACUGCCACGACAGAUUCUCGCACGGAGUCGUUUAAGACAGCCCGGGAAGAACCGCUGUCGUCCGACGAUGAAGCCGCCAUGUCCACUGUGAAAACCGCCUUGGCUUCUUCGACGCCGUCGCAAACUACAGUUCUUCGAGCACCGGUAGCUGGAGGUAGUCGGGUCGUUCAGCCUCGGGCCUUGGACCUUGCCCUCGAGCGUCUUACUGCGAACAAUGAUGAGAGCUACACUCCCCGAACCCGAGGCGAAUUGGCCAAGUUUGACGGUGCAUGGGGCUCACCCGACCAAGUAGAACAAGAAUGGGAUGAUAACCUCGAACGAAUAGUCUCCAUAGGCAGACGUGGCCCAAGCAUUGUUACGCCAAAGACACCACAAACAAAUGGGGGUAAGCGCACAGUGGUGGAAGACCAUAUGAUAACCUCCACGAAUGCGACAAAGGCUGUCCGAAGCAUGUCGCUUCAGGACGCACCUACAGUCAAACCAUCACCUAAAACAACCCCUCACAAGCAGAGCACGGGAUUGGGCAGCACACGCUCAGAGACGUCGGGCUUUCCAGACUCACGGAGACUCUCUGGACUAUCCAGCCAGUCCACGCCAUCGACUGUGAUAGAGGCAAUUUUGGUGGACAAUCAAACCACCCCUCAAAGACAGAGGACCUUGCGGCACGUCCGCAAGCGCAGGGCGCUCAGAGAAACCAGCCCCCCGGGCCGACGAGUUGUCACAGAUGACUUCGAAUUGCAGCAGCCCAAGUGGCCCUCAGCACCUGCACUGCGAAACGAGUAUGGCCAUCGACAUGACAGCUACGCUUCAACUGCUAGCUCCAACACCAUGGCGAGCGGGCGUGCAAGGCGCGAAGUAUGGAAGAAUGGAGGCAUACCUGUAGUGGUGAUCCCGGAUCGACGGUCAUCGCAUAAAUCCAAAUCGAGGGAGCCAUCACUCAGAUCCACAUCAAGCCGACACUCUAGAACUAGAAGCGUUGGGUCCUCUCCUCUCGAUCGGUCACCUCUUCCAAGCGAUGAGGUCUCUUUCGAGAGGCAGUCACGGUGGGAUCGGUCUACAUCUGUAUCAGAUCGCUCUGAACAGCGAACCAUAGAUUUUCCGCCCACUAUCCCAGCACGUUCUUCAUCGUUGUCGGCUCCAACCAGCCGAACUACAUCGCGGACAGGUUCUCUGACUGCCGAGAGUCUUAAGGCCUUGAACGAAGUACACCGACAGACUGCAAAGGUAUCACCACCGAAGACGGUGCCCGCAGCACCCGUGGCGGCAACAUCUGCCACCAAAGCACAACUAAAUCCGCCGCUACCGGUACCACCAGUGCCAACAUCGCCCGUUGUCACAGUGCACUCGCCAAAAAGCCCUCGCUCUGAAGGCGGAGGUUUCACAGUGGACACCCUUGGCGUGGACCAUCACGAUGACGCUGCUUCGGCAAGAAAAUAUUCAUCUCGCACCACGCCAUUCUCGAUAGUUUCGGUAGAAACCAACUGGACAGCCCUCGAGGUUUCGGAAGCACAAGCUGUCCACAUGUAUCCCCAUCAAAAUUCGUCGGUCUUGAUGGUUGAUCACUCUGCCCGGCCAUCAGAUACGUCUGAUUCGACGGAGAAGGAUGCCACGAUAGCUGAGUCAAACGAGCUUCCAAUAAUCACCACCACAAACCCUGCGGGAGGACUAGUAACACCCGAGCAGCGGCAAUCGUUGGAGGAAGUUGACUCGCCACUUCGAAAUCCUCGUGCACCACCGGAACCGCCUGUACACCCACCGGCCAUCAACUUCAUCCCCGCUACACCUUCGGGGCUCACGCCGGCUGAAGAGAAGACGAAACAGCUGGGGGAUUUCUAUGAAUCCGUGGCCGAGAAACCUAGCCGACGGCCUUCUAUUGUUCGAAGAGCCUUUAGUCGACGAAGACACUCCAUAAGCUAUCCCCCAACCGCUUCAAAGCAACCAGGCUUCCUCACUCGGACCUUUUCUCUCUCUCGAUCUCCUCGGAACUUUUCUGAUCCCAUCGGACCCAAAUCGAUCAACCCCGACAUGGAUCCAUAUUACGGGGAAAGAGAUGACGAGCCUGUGGAACAGGAUAAGCUGCAUCCUCAUUGGCGACCACAGUGGGAUCCUGAGGAUAACUGUGAUUGUGACGAGUGUCGCUACGAGAAGGAAAGGGACACCGAAGUCUAUCGAUAUCCUCCAAUCGACAAUCGACCAAGGCCACCAAAGCGGAGGCUUAGCACAAAAUUGAAGCAAACAUUUGCAAUCAUGCCAGCUCGCGGAAGUCAAUAUCAAACCGACCUUGUCAUUGGGCCGGAACGCCGCACUAUUCGACGAACACCUAGUGGGAAUCUGAGAGUGAUGCGUCGGCGAGCGAGCGCUGAAUCGCUGAGGCAUCGUGUGAAUUCUCGCGACUAUCAACGGCCGGUAUCGGAGGGCAACCCACGGAAGGGGUUCUGGCGUGGUCAUUCCUUGCGAAAGCGGUCAAGUCAUGAGAAACUACGCCGGUCUUCCUCGCUAAGCAGCAGACUCGAAGGAUUGCCCAACCUGUCGCGAAUGUGGAGUGAGAGAAGACGAGAGAAGCGAACACAGGAGCUUCGACAGAUGAUUAGCGGACCUAGAGAAGUUCGCGAUGGUGUUGGCGAUGUCAUCAGAACCAAUACCACCAAAGAUCCUCCAAAAAACUACCCUGAUCGGAUUUAG